CUCCAUUGCCAUAGUCCAAUGUGAGCUUCAUACUCACGAGACGAGACGAUUUCUUGGCGUUUCUUGACUUCUUUUUAUUUCAAAAAUGAGGAACAUUAACAUAAAUAAGUCUAAGUCUUCUGGUAGACGAUUACACAGCGCAAUAACGUGAAUAUCAAUUGGAAUCAACUAACAAGAGCAUUUUCGAUAGGGUGACUAUCAUACAGCUUUAGUACUUCUAUAUACACGACUUCAAUUAGUAAAUUUUGUUAUACAAACGACAGAGAAGCUUCUAAAAAAGGAAUCUCUGAUGUAUCUGAGAGAUCAGAAAUACAUCUUGGCAAGAUAUCGUUAUUAUUAUCUGAAAUGGAUAAAAUACAAGAACAUGCUGAUGAAAGGACGUACACAACUGUAGAAAAUGACAAGAAACUUGACAAUGAAACUAUAAGUAGCUUUCUUGAUCAAACUUCCAUCAGAAGCUCAAAGGAAAAAAUAACAAUGACAGAUAUAACACCACAGGUUAUUGCAAGCUGUAUAAUUCAUUGCAUGGUUAUAAAAGCUGGUAUAAACAUGGCUUAUAGUACAGUUUUAAUAAGUGGAUUAGCAUCAGACAGUGUUGAUUUCAAAGUAACUGAGAACGAAGAAUCUUGGAUAGCAAGCCUAGUUACAAUAACAUUGCCAAUAGGAUCUAUCAUUGCUGGCCCUCUAAUGGAUAAAUUUGGACGCAAACCGGUUUGUUUAUUAUCUUGUAUUCCUGCAGCAAUAUCAUGGAUUUCAUUGAUUCUCGCUAAAUCCUUAAUUACUAUUUAUGCGGCUCGAGUUAUAGCCGGCAUUGCAGCAGGAUUAACGACUGUUGGAUUGGUUUAUAUAUCAGAACUCUCACAUCCGCAAGUCAGACCGAUGCUUCUAUGCCUUAAUUCGGUAUUUGUUUCAUUGGGUAUAUUAAUUACCUGCUGUUUGGCUGUACUGUUAGAUUGGCGUAAAAUGGCUAUAAUUUUCCUUGUAUUAGAGUGCUGCAUUUUCUUUGCAUUUUACUUUGUACCUGAAAGCCCUUACUGGCUUGUAUUCUUUACAAAUGGAAUAUUUGACGAAAAAAGAAUUUGCAAAAUGAAAUGCAGUCUAAAACAACUUAACAGACGACAAACGAUUUACGAGCAAGAAUAUUCGCGAAUCAUGGAAACGUACAGAAACCAAGUGAGCGGGUCAAAAAAUAUAACAGUAUUUAUAAAAUAUUAUCACAAAUUUACAUCUCCGACCGUCUAUAAGCCUAUAACGAUACUUUUCUUACUUUUUCUGUUGCAACAACUAUCUGGUUGCUAUGUGAUCAUAUUUUAUGCCAUUUCUGUCUUUCGUGAAAUGGGUGGAACAUUUGGCAAAGGUUUUGAUGAAAACGAUGCCCUUAUUAUGUUAGGUAUCAUUCGAUUCAUUGUAAGUAUACUAACAGUGUUUUAUAGUAGAAAAUAUGGCAGAAGAGUUCUCUGCAUCUUGAGUGGAAUUGGAAUGACUAUUUCUAUGUUUCUUUCGGGAAUGUAUAUGUAUUUCACAAUGUCAUAUGAUGAAAAUGGUAAUAUAGAGGAAACCAUGGUGGACCAAAAAUGGUUAUUACUAUUUUUUGUAUUAUCUUAUAUUUGCACCAGUACGUUUGGAUUUAUAAAUAUACCGUGGACGUUGAUUGGAGAAUUAUUGCCUGUAUCCAUACGCGGUAUCGGUGGGGGUCUCAUGGUUUCUUUUGCUUACAUAAUGAUGUUUGUUGUUGUGAAGAGCUAUCCUUAUAUUUUAAAAAGCAUGAGUAUUGAAGGUAUCUUUUUCUUUUUUAGCUUUAUCUCCCUAAUAGGUACAGCUUUUGUAUACUUCUUUUUGCCAGAAACUUUGGGCAAAUCAUUUUCUGAUAUUGAACAAUACUUUCUGUCUAAAAGAGAGAGAGAAACAUUCGAUGCUAUUCCUAGAACUUCCUAGAAUUUUUUGCUUUUAUUUCGAUAUAUUUGGGUAUUUUGCAUGAUAUGAAUAGCAUUUUCGAGUGAAGAAAAUUUGAUCGCUCUGAGAGCGAUUAAUUACGUCAUAAACUCUGUCUUGAAUUAUUAGGAGUACUUGAAUUAUUAGAUUAAUUAAUGAAAUAUUUCGAGUAAUUGAUUGUGUGAUUAAUCAGGACAAAGAAUCUUGUGCUUUAAAGCCAAAGUAGCGUUAAAUGGGAUGAUUAUUAAUGUAUUACUUAUAUUAUAUCAAAUUCAAAACCCAUUUUUGGUCAAAAAUAUGUUUAUGGCGAAUUGUGAUCAAAUCUGCUUCAUUCAAAAACGCUAUAAUAGUGAUUAAUAAAAGUUUACUUAAUCUAUUACAAAAAGAAAUGUAUAAUAAUCUCAGACAAUAAAUUGGGAAAAGUCCUAGAAUAGUA